AUGUCCGAAUCACGGUUAUACACUUUCUCCCCGGAGACCAGAGAGAAACUGCGCAAGUUCCGCCUUACCACGUCUAGGGCCAAGGAAGCCCAGGCUAUCGUCUACAUCAUCGAUAAAGAGACACAGGAGAUCCGUCCCGAAGAUGGCGAAGUCUACACCAAGAUGGAGGAUCUCGCCGACGAGCUCCCCGAAUCCGCCCCCCGAUACAUUCUUCUCAGCCACCCUCUGACCACGAAAGACGGCCGUCUCUCUGUCCCUUACGUCUUGCUUUACUGGCUCCCCGUGAACUGCAACCCAUCGCAACGGAUGAUGUACGCCAGCGCAGUAGAGCUGAUGCGCAACUCCGCCGAAGUGAAUCGUGUCAUCGAAGUCCACGAAGAUGAGGAUAUCACCUCCAUCACUGAGAAGCUCGCUGGGUCCGACUAA